UUCGUUAAUUUGGGGGAAAGGAACAAUUGCGACUGGAAAUGGACAUGCGACGAGAUGAAUUCCGACGGCCUCCUGCAGAUUAUAGUAAUCACAUGCAUUUUACAGGCCCCCAACACCAACGAAUUGGAGGUUUGAAUAAGUAGUUCCGGGGGUCACUCAGGGCGCAAGGAGCUUUCAAGAGGAUCGUCAUCCACGUACCGCAUUCGUCACACACCCCGUUGUCAUUUGUUCCAGUCGCAAUCUCGUCGUAACUCUUCUACAUCGCAAGUCCUUUUCACCCCAAACAAAAUGCUGACACCGAAUUAUCGCAGUCACCCAAACCGUCAGAAUUUACAACCUCCCCCCUCUGCCACUCGCGCGCCGCCGAACCAAUAUCGCAGUUCUGGCUACGGCCGUCCUGUAUCUUCCGUCUACUCGCAGCCUUCGCCGGAUGCCGCGACAUUUGCUGCGCAGCAGUUAAGACUGGAUGUCCCAUAUAGCGAUCCGAACGAGAUUUCCCCGCCAAGUUCCCCUGACGCAUUCUCCCCAAGAGACGGGCCGAAUCCAGGUGACGUCUCUCCUAUCGACGAAAUCCCAGACAUGUCUCAACUUUCCGUAGACCCCCACGGUCAAUCCAAAAACAAUGUCCGCAGCAAUAUUCCAACGAUGCGCCGCGAACGCCGAAAGAACUCGGAUGCUGCCCAAAAUGCUCUUCGCGAAUCCAAGUCUCGCGAGAAACUAAAGCAACAAAGACCGUAUGGCCAUGAUGUGCGCUGGGACCCUAAUACGGGUGAACCUACCACAGAUUCGAGGAGGGGUAGACCAUCUCAGGUGAACCCGCAAGAGUACGCCCACGGCCUUGGAAUCCAACAACCAGGUUCAGUGUCGCCCCCGCAGGUCAAACAAGCCCCGCAAGGUCAGAUUUCGUUCGGCGAUCGGCUACGUCGAAUACGACAGCCCAGCGGAAGCCCUCAACCCGAAUCAGCCCCGCGACCCGAAUGGCGGGGAGCUAGUGGUCGAACGACACUCGUCGCACCUGUAAACGACAACAAGAAAGUAGCCCCUUUACAAGUUCCUCGCAAGAGUAGCAAGCGAGGUGGCCGCGAAUCCAACAACCAAUCACCCAUGAAUCCCGUCGACCCCCAUCCCGCUCCCUUACCGCAAUCGCCAGUCUCCCCUAGUAUUGCAGUCACAAAUCCGAGUAACAACCCCAGCACCUAUCCGAGCCCCCCUCUAUCUGACGACAACACGACUGCACCACGACAGCAGUCUCUACAAAUCCCCGCGAACGAUAAAGCUAUUCGCAGGAAACCAGCCGGAGCGCCUGGGCAUAACCCUCAAUUGUCAACCUCGUCGUCGGUAUACUCUCAACAAGAUCCCCGCGCAUCGAUCCAACCCGUCCCCGAUACAUCUCCCGACGGCUGGACACAACCACCCUCACGCUUCAGUGUAACUACAUACGCCACAUCCUCGCACCAAUCCUCUAACCCGCGCGAUAGCGUUGAAGUCGAUGAAGACGCUCCUCCCGUCCCCACAGCGCCACCCAUGAGCUCGAUCCUCGACCGCAAGAGGCCCAUCGUCUCUGGCUUCGAAGAUGCGGGGGCUAGUAUAUCACGCAAGAACAGCCCCGCCGCCGAGCCUGUGCGCAUAACACUCGACUCACCGUAUUACAUGACGUCCGCGGUGCCUUCUAAUCACAACGGCAAAUCUGCCGUCCCCAAACAUGACAACAGUUCGCGUCUCUCCCUCGCCUCACUGCCGGACAAGGACAAAUCACUACCUCCCGCACCACCCGAGACGCAGUCUCUCAAUGCCCAAGACCGCGUCGCGCAACUUGAUGCCAGACUUCGCGCGUUAGGUAAUCGAAGGAUCAAUCUCAACACCGCCAUCAAGCAGAUGACGGAGCUGAUGCCGACGGACCACAUCCUAGCCUCCGAAGCCGUAGCGCGACGUCGCGAGGAAGAGAAGCGUAAGGUUGAAACAUUGAGAUUGGAGCUUGCGGAGGUUGAGAGGGAGAGCUAUGAGUUGGGACUCAAGCUGCACCGCGCAUAUAAGAGGAUGGAUCGUGAUGCUGAGUAUGAACCCACUACGCUGUGGGUUCGCCGGGUUACGGGGGCGUAGGGUCGUCUUUGAGGAUGCAAGGCCGAGAUGAAAUGCGAUGUUCUAUUUCUGAGAGGGAAAUGGGCCUUACUACUUACGUCUUACUUAUUGUUCAUUUGCGUUUGCGUUUUCCGAUAAGGGGCGGUCCGCAAAGUUACGCUAUGACUACGACUACGUUAUGGAUUCCUCUACUUUAUUUUGUUUUGCUCCCUUUUUUUUUCUUCUAUGUUUCUCGAGAAGUAGCCGAGAUUAAGUACCCGCCAUCGAGAUACCUAUGUACCUAUGUAGCACGCGAGCAGGAAGGAGGCAGAGCAUGGAGUUUUGCGAGAUACGUAUUUGGUUCUUUGACGCUACCUAUUUUCAAGUGCCUCGGACGGGUUGGGUUCGAUAGGUGUAGGAUAAAAUAAAGAAAAAAGAGGUAAAUAAUAGAAUGUUGUUCUAUGAAUAGGGAUAUAUGAACGUGAAGAUGUUAUAUUGACGGCGAGAUUUAUACCCAAUUGACUUUCUUACUGCAAUUUCGCUACUAUGGUAGUUCUGAUAAGAAAGAUGGUGAGGUAUAGAGCACGACGGCUCAUUGCUUUAGACUUUCACAACCAUUCCUAUACGGAAAUAUACUUUGUACUUCAC